GCUGGUGAUUUCAAGGGGAAAAGCUAUUUUCCUCUCAGUUCGCCUUUCACAAAAAGGCCUCUAGGUUUCGGUUUCUGCAUUCCCGCGGUAGCAGCAGGCCAGGCCAGGCCGCUCAGGGGGUGGGAGAUGGCAUGGGCCUGCUCUUAACGAAUGAGGAACGCGUUUCUAUGUGAAUGACUAGUGCAUUCGGCCAAUAAACGGCAGGCUUGUAGCAUGGUGGCCGCGCGGCCCCGUGCAGUUUAUAAAAGGAGGCCGCGCGGGAGCGUGCUUUUCCCCUUCGGGUAGCGCCGAACCGCCUUGUCUGCUGGUCUGUGCGCGGGAGGGGCGGAGCAGGUGCUGACGACUACCACGACAGCGGCAGAAACUGAUUACAGGGGCUUCUGGAACUGGGUUCCGUCUGGCCUGAGAUCGUGACAGGAACGGCGUUUAACGUUCGAGGCAGCGGCAGGAUCAACCAUGGCUGAGGUGGAGCACCAAUUGGGCGCCACCCAAAACGGACACGAGGCGGCGGCGGCGGCGGCCGAGGGUUCCGCUGGUGGCGGCGAGGAGGAGCAGCAACCGGAGCAGCAGUUGGAGGAGGAGGAAGAAGAGGAGCUGGCGGCGGUGGCCGUGGCCGAGGAAGGAGACGGGGUGGAGGAGGAAGAAGAAGAAGAAGAACCAGCAGAAGAAGCGGGGCAGUCGGCGGCUUCAGCCGAGGCCACUGGCAGUCAGAACGGAGCCGAAGGCGACCAGAUCAAUGCCAGCAAGAACGAGGAGGAUGCAGGGAAAAUGUUUGUUGGUGGUCUCAGCUGGGAUACAAGCAAAAAAGACUUGAAAGACUACUUCACAAAAUUUGGUGAAGUGACUGACUGCACAAUAAAGAUGGAUCCCAAUACAGGCAGAUCAAGAGGUUUUGGAUUCAUUCUCUUCAAAGAGGCAGGAAGUGUUGAUAAAGUUUUGGAGCAGAAGGAACACAAGUUAGAUGGCCGAGUGAUUGAUCCUAAAAAGGCAAUGGCAAUGAAAAAGGAUCCUGUGAAGAAAAUAUUUGUUGGUGGACUUAACCCAGAAGCAGCAGAAGACAAAAUCAGAGAAUAUUUUGGAGAGUUUGGAGAGAUUGAGGCAAUUGAACUUCCGAUGGAUCCAAAGACCAAUAAAAGAAGGGGAUUUGUGUUCAUCACAUUUAAGGAAGAAGAUCCAGUGAAGAAGAUCUUGGAGAAAAAAUUCCACAAUGUCAGUGGUAGCAAGUGUGAGAUAAAGGUUGCGCAGCCGAAAGAAGUUUAUCAGCAACAACAGUUUGGAUCUGGGGGUGGCCGAGGAAGAGGUGGAAGAAGAGCUCAAAGUCAAAAUUGGAGUCAGAGUUAUGGCAAUUACUGGAACCAGGGUUAUGGGAGUCAAGGAUACGGCUAUCAGCAAGGUUAUGGUGGCUAUGGAGGCUAUGAUUAUUCAGGAUAUGGGUAUUUUGGAUAUGGACCGGGCUAUGAUUACAGUCAAGGCAGUUCAAAUUAUGGGAAGGCUCCAAGGCGUGGUGGUCAUCAGAAUAACUACAAGCCAUAUUGAUCAAAAAGGUAUUCAGAUUAAUGAAUGGAAUGGAUUCCUUCAUGGAGAAUUAGACUUUGUUUCUUAUCAGAUUACCUGAAUGCAGUUACCUGAAUACUUACCCUUUGAAGGUAACGAAAAUGAACUUCUCUAAGCUUCUUUUUUCUCUAACUCUGUAGAUUAUUCAAGAGCAUUAAUUAGUUUAUCACUGUACAUUAUUUUAUAGCAAAGAGCAAUAUUACUCUGUUUUCCAGCAAUGCAAAGUUUAUUCCUGUUUCUGAAGAUACUAAAGCAGAUUCUUUGAGCACUUCUUGCCAUGACACACUGUUCUCUCCCUCCCCCAUGUGCCUUUUCUAUUCCUUCGCUGCUGAGCUAGGCUCAGAAGUGUGCCCCUAGCUGUUUCAGUUGUUGUCUUCCUUGCAUCAGACUUUACACGGGAUGGGAAGAAGAUAAUUUAGUCCAAAAGUGGCCACAUCUCAAAAUCACAUUCUAUAUGUGAAGUCACACAGCAAAGAACAAAAGGGUCAUGGCUGGUAGUGUUUUCAUACAACUGUACUUACCUCUUUUCCCCUUCUUGGAGAGAGGUAGCUGCAUGAGAAUACUUUGAUGUCAGGAAUAGCAUGCUGGAAUAAGUCCAUGGGGUGGGCAAGUCUUGGGGCCUUAGUGCACAUGUAUAUACAUAAGCUGAUUUAAUUGCUUCCAGGGACUUUAAAGAUCAAUGCACAGCAAGCCAGCCACUCUUAGCCUUGAUAUGCAGAGAAUAACUGGCAAUGAACAAGUAAAACCUGCGUCUAAAUUAUUCAGCCAAUCUUUUUUUCUGUGCAAUUGCAGGAUUUGUUUCUCAGCAGGCUUCCCUUUCUUACCUGUUAAUAUCUUAUCAAGUUUGUCCACAACUAGCUUCGCGUCUUUUGCAUUGAAACAGAGUGGUGGCUUGAACUUGAGCACGUUUCUGCCUGGACCAUCUGUACUCAACAUAAUGAAUUCUUCCUUUAAUCUAGAUGUUUUAAAAUAAAUAAAUAAAAUGGGUAAUUGAAGUAACUAGUAAAAUCACAACUCAGCUACUCCAUCACUGCUGCAGUAUGAGUCUCCUCUAAAAGCAUACUGGCAAGCUAUCAGUAUUCACAUGGAAGCUUUGCCCUAUGAAGUGGAAUAGGAUUGGUUCCCAGAGCUAGUGGCUUUCUGCAUACAUCUGUAGGUUGUUUCCAACUGUGUUCUACUCAGAGCACACUCAGUGAAGUUAAUGAACCCAAGUUAGUCAUGCCUAUUAGUUUCAGUGGGUCUACUGUGAAUAUGAGUAACAUUAACUACAACCCACUGUGUCAACUUUGAAACUGACAUUUAAAAAAAGUUCCAAGAUGUCCCUGGUGAAGUUUGCACCAGGCAGUUGGAUAGCAGGAGUUCCCUGCGUGAGCAGGAGGAUUCAGAGUUCAUGGGCAGAGAAACCACACAAUCCCUCACUGAGUCUCCUGCGAGGGUGGGAGAAAUCUUGUUUGAGGGUGAUCAGACCCUCAUUAUUGUCCUUGGAAAAUGUUGACCCCAUUCAUCCCUCUAUCAUUUAUUUAUUAUUUGUAUUUAUGGCCCACCCUUCACCAAAUGGUUCCCAGGCAUGUUACAAAAAUGUCACAAUUAAAACAAGUACAUAAUAAUGUAAAAUAAUGGAAAAUCCGCCUAAAGACAUUUUCUAAAAGCCGUUUCUGCUACUGCAUGUCUCAGACUACAUCACUGAUGGGGAACCCUUUUGGCUAGGUUGGCCAGAUCUUACCUGUGCCCACCACCACAGGCCAACUUUGACAGGUGCAUUCCCACCCACCUGUCAAGAGUCCCUUGUGAAGUGCUUCCAAAGUAUCUUGACAGGCAGCUGGUUGUUGGGAACCGCUAUGCAAAGCACUUCCCAAGCACCAAAAAUAAGGCUGGCAAAGCUGUUUUCUGCAGGGACUGACUGUACGAUCAAAGUUCUCUGUGGAAAACUGUCACACAGCUGCGGGCUUGAAGUCACCACUUAUCACCUGAUGGACACUAUUUCAACCCAGCUUUCUGCAGGGAUUGUCUGUGUAAUGGAGUUCCCCACCGAGAACCUGGUUGUGAGAACCUGGUUGCGCAGUUGAUCCAGCCAUGUCUCUACCUGCCCCACAUCUAAUGUCAGGUGUGGGGCAGGUGGGUGUGGUUUGGGGAAGACAACCUUGCAGGCCAAAGUGGGACCUGUGCUGGACCCAAUUUGGCUCAUGGCUUGCUGGUUCCCCAUCUUUGGAGUAUAUUCUUGAUAGUCAUAAUAACUGGAAGGCUCUACCAAAAGGAUGAUUGUUGUUUAAACUGCGAAGAAAGGGACACAAGAACCCCUUAACUUGGAUACAGUUUACUUGAAAGUGAGUCAGUGAGCACAAAUGGUGAAUGGAGAGAGCAGUGAGGAUUGCUUUUCCCUUUUUUCUCUUUCCUGCUAUAGGUUGGGAGUGUGUGGCUCUUCAGAUAUUCUUGGACUGUAACUCUCAUUUCUAGUUGGGUGUUGAUAGGUUUCUAAUAUUUGCAGGGCCACAGGUUCCUCACUCCUGCCAUAGGUUCUCUGCCAAUAGUUCAGUAGAGAGAGGUCUUGGAGCCACUGCUCGCAGACCCUUGUGGAGGAUUGGAAGGAAAGGGCAAAGGGAGGAAUGGAAAAAGCUUGUUCUUCAAUCACCAAUUAUCACAUAUCCUCACUUUAAUGUUCAUAAUAGUCAAAUGACCAGCUCUUGUAUGCGCAGAGGUACUUCAUCAUCUUUUGGGGGGUGGGGUGGUAGGGGAAGAAUGGAUUAGUGGUGACUGGGGAUGUGGAAGCCACACAUACCUUGUUAUGAUGAGCUCUGCUUCUUCGGUAGCAGGUGAUCUUUUAUCUCGAUCUUGUACCAAAUCUACUCCAAUGAACAACCCAACACCCCUUUAAAAGAAAGGAAUAUCAGCAAGAAGGCAAUAACUUUCAAUACAUAAAUGUUUAAGUUGAUUUUUUCCAUAUAAUGUCCCAUUAAAAAAGUUAGAAGGUUGCAGUACAGAAGGCACUUAUCUUUAUUAAGAGGUUGUGCUAGUUAUACCACAUAAUAUUUGAUUGUUAAGAAAUUAAUACCUGACAUCACCAAUUAGAGGAUGUUUUGCUUUUUGCUGAUUGAGUAGUUCCACAAGGAAGUUGCCCACUUGGAGAGCAUGGACUUGAAGCUGUUCCUUCUCAAUCACAUCUAAGACUGCUAUACCUAUUGCACAGGACACAGGAUUUCCUCCAAACUGAGCCCAUGCAGAAAAAUCACAAAGUAGAGAUAAGCUUUCUGCAUUUAAUGGUGUGCUAAUCUGAAUUUAAGCAAAUUAUAAAAGUAGCCCCGUACACACAUUCAUAUAAAAGCAUAUUAAACUGAACAGACAUUAAGCUGGGACAAAUUCAUAGGUAGUUUGUGAUCACACAGUAAGGAUUUAGAGGUUACUUACUGUGUUAAAAUAUUCUACUCCUGUUGCUGAAAACGCCUCUGCAACUUCCUUUGUUGUUGCUACACAAGAGACAGGAUGCCCAUUGCCAAUCGGUUUUCCCAUGGUAACAAUAUCGGGAAUAAAAUCCUCUCCCUGAAGUUGAAAUGCCCAAAAAUGUUUGCCAACCCUUCCAAAGCCAACUUGAAUUUCAUCAGCAAUGAAUACACCUCCUGCCUCAUAUAUAUACCUAUUAAGAGAGCCAAAUCACAGCUAUAGUUAUAACAAUAUAAAGAUAGAUUUAAAAACCAAUAAAUCCAUAAUUUUGAACAAAUUUAGUAGCUGAUUCUUAUUUUUAAUGUUGGAGUAUUUGCAUGUUUUGAAAUGUUAAAAUCCUUAACAUUAAAAAGGUGAUAAGCAUAAUAAAACUAUAGACUAUCUAAAACCAAAACAGUUACGAGCUGACAAAAUCAAGCAGUAGCAACUAAGGGCAUAAUCCCACUAAAAAAAAUUAUGCACUAACAACAGCACCAGAAGUCCUUAGCGGAAAGUCCAAACAAAACAGUUUAUGUAAGACAAGUUAAGACGAAAUACUUACUCUGCUGCCUUCUGGAAAUAACCAGGUGGUGGAAUGAUUUGUCCAGCAACACUUGGUAAAGAUUCCAUAAAAAAUGCAGCAAACUGAAAAGAUAUUUAAUGACAGUGAAGCUAGUAGUGGGAUACAUGCCAAAUGUUUAAAGCUGAAUCAGCAUUUUGGAAAAAGACUGGUUCGUGCUUCCAAUCCUGAAAUGUUUUCAUGCAGUAGCAGGUUAUCUGCCUCGCACAAGGAACUCUAGUCCACUGAUCAGACAAUAGUGUGCAGAUCCAGAAAAAAAAACCCUCUGAAAACUUUUAUGGAUACAGUCACUCCACUGGGACAAAAUGUAUGUAUUCCAUGUGAUUCCCCCCCCCCCCCCAAAAAAAAAUACAGUCAGCUAGGGUUGACAUAAUAUGACUGGCAGAUGUAAGGUUAUAUUCCACUUAAUUCCUUUAUUUUACCUUUCUGCUUUUUUGGUGUGCUUGGUCAAUUAUUUUUUUCACUUCAUUGGCAUAUGCUGUGGCUGGAUCCUUAUGGUCUUCUCUAUAUAAUCCUCGGUACGUGUCAGGAAGAGGAGCCUGUCCAAAGAAAGUGUAAUUGUUAUUCAGGUCACCAGGGCUUAGAUGAAUUAGAAAUCAAUGGAAAAUGGUCAAAGUAGUCUGUCUCUUGCAUACCACGUGGACCCAUUCCUUUUGGCCUUCUAGAUUUCUGAAUUUAUAUGGACUUAUGUCAAUCAAGGAUGUCAGAUGUCCAUGAUAAGCACUUAAAAAAAACAAAACAGCAGAACUACAUAGUCAAUUCUAGACUGAUUCACUAGAACUACUACAGAUUUUACAGCAUUCAGACUGCCAAACUGAAGCAGCAGCUCUAUUUAUGGGCACUUUACAUACUCCUUCAGCUUCCUAUUCUUUGCAAAAGCAAGCUGCUGCCAUGAAGACAAAUGUUCUGCUUCUUCAAAGCCCUUGUCUAAUGUUAGUAUAAAUCAUGAUUUAGUCAAGAAGCACAGAGAUAAUUCCAGUAGCAUUGUUUAUAAUCUCCUGCAAGGCUGUAUGUAUUGUACCUUGAUGCUGACAACAUGCAACCUGGGGUCUAGAAAGUGGACUUAAGGAACUUGUACUUCUGGCUCUGAAACAGAAGCAGGUCUAGGCUUGACCAGUACCUGGAUGAUAAAUUAGCUCAUGUACCCUGAUCUUGGAAGAAGGGUGGGAUUCAAAUGUAAAAAAUAGGUAAGAAUUAUGAGCUUUAAGACACUCCCGGUGCUGAUCAACCAACUUCUUGCCUGAUACCAAACAAAUCCCUAUAUUAACUUUUUUCUUUAGAAGUUUAUAAAAUGAGAUUUCAUGGCUUUGCUACAUAAUACUUCAUUAAAAAUGUUUUAUAUACUUACUGGUCCACCACAACAAUGUCCUCAUGCUUUGUAUACUGCCGUGCCAAUCUCAAGGCAAGAUCAUUGGCUUCUGAUCUACAAUGGAAAGUUUUGCAGCUUUCUCAUUGUGCAUAUUCAGACAAGUAAUGUCCUCUCUGGCUUUACAGUUUUAUAUCUAUAGUUUGCAGAACUGAGCAAGCAAUUUUCAGAUGCAUGAAUUAUACAACAAAAUGAGGGAAUGUACAACAAGAGAAUGCACAGUGAACAUUAGUUUUUGACCCAGCUGAUGUAUACAUUUGUUAAUUGUUUCAUUGUAAUUGCAUGGUGUGAGCUUUUUGCUCUGAGAAAGGAAUGACUGGAAAUGUUCAUUUUUCUCUAAAGGAGUGAAAUAAUAUGUAUAUUUGUUCUGAUUAGAGGAGCAUAUAUCAAAGUACAAAUAAAUACCAGGCAUUUGGUUUAAUCAAA